AAACAGUCUUACCCACUCCAUAGUAGCCUACACCCGAGGUAAAUCAAUUAUAGCGCCAGAAUAUAGAUGUAAAUGUCUCUGCUGAUAGAAUAAUGUUAGAAAUAAAACUAACCUCGCAUCGCAUUAAUCAUCACAUUUUGAGGGACUACUUUCUCAGCAGAAGUGGAAUUAAACCCCAGGUAUCAGUCCGCUCCUGCCGUAGCCUGCUACCAGAAAUAUAACACUGCUGCUGAGACACAGCAAGUCCCUCAAAAUGCAAUGCAAGGUUGGUUUUAUUUAUAUUAUUCUAUCAACACAGACAUUUACAUCGACCGUCUGGCGUUAUAGUUGAUUUGCCUUGGGUGUACUGUGGAGUGGGUAAGACUGUUUUAUUACCAGGCUAGUAUUGCCCGUUGCCGUUCGCUAGCCUAGCACGAGCAAACUCUGCAACUAGAAGGACUGAAAAAAAUGUGUUGAACCAUCUCCAAUGAUUAAGAACACCAAGGCUAACUUGGGAAUCAGGCCCUAUGUCCAAAAUUCAGAACUACCCCAGCUUCCGCUUAUGUUUCACAUGUUCCGGCUCUGAUUGUUUGUAGGUCUAUCAAAUAGUGCGCUGAAGCUUUUUUGGUCUGAGUCUGUGGAUAUUUGGAAUCUAAAGCCUUGGAAUCAAAAACUAACAGAAGUUUCAGACUAUAUGCAUUGGCGAAUUGGUCUGGAAAUUUAGAACUAAUAGAAUGCACAUAUCUGUUUAUCACAAUUUCAUGAUGUAUGGUAUUUUUGUAUUAUACCUAUGUCGUUUCUGAAGAACAGCCAACUGUUAGUAGAAAUAUAACAUCACUCAACAAAAACAUAACUUUAAUUGGACAAACAAGCAGGUGGUAGACCUGUGCACUUUGCCAUCAGUGGUGUGACAUAACAACUGAUAAUGUAGGUUGUUAUUUGUUGAGACUCCACUCUGAGAAUAAGUCCACCUGCAAGUAUGCAAAUAUGCAGGUGUGGGAGGAGCAUGGGUCCUAUGAAAUUGAGGACCACAGGGGAAUGAGAGCUUAUUCUCUCUGGUUUCUUCUGGACACUCACAAUGGAGCCAUUGGCGAUUUUGUUGGCUGUCGGCCUAUUUCUUGGGGCAACAUCGGCAGCCUCGCUAGGCGUCGUGGAAACGGAAGGGGGCAGUGUUCAGGGAACUAAUGUCCGCCUUGGGCUUCGCCGCUCUAUGGACGUUUUCAAAGGAAUACCCUUUGCUGCAAAGCCGGGAACCUUUGAGAAACCCAAACCGCAUCCUGGAUGGACAAAUACCCUCAAAGCCACUAAGUUUGCCAAGCGUUGUCUCCAGAAGAGCAUGCUGCAGACGUCAUCGUUCGGGGUGGAAGACUGCCUGCACCUCAACAUCUGGGUGCCUCAUGGCCUUUAUGUCUCCUCCAACCUGCCUGUGAUGGUCUGGUUCUAUGGGGGCGGUUUCUUGGCGGGCGGCUCCAUGGGCCCCAACUUCUUCGACAACUACCUGUACAGCGGACAGGAGAUCGCCGACAGGGGGGACGUCAUCGUGGUGUCGGUCGGCUACCGUGUGGGAACUCUGGGUUUCCUCAGCUCGGGAGAUUCUCAACUACCCGGUAACUACGGACUGUGGGACCAGCAUGCUGCCAUCGCCUGGGUUCACAGGAACAUCCGCUCCUUCGGAGGAGACCCCGACAACGUCACCCUCUUCGGGGAAUCUGCUGGUGGAUCGAGUGUUAGCUACCAGACUCUCUCACCGUACAAUAAAGGGCUGUUCAAAAGGGCGAUCUCUCAGAGCGGUGUUGCCAUGUGCCCUUGGGCAAUAAGCAGAAAUCCUCGCAAUGUAGCAGAAGAGGUUGCUGUGAAGGUCGGGUGUCCCACAGAUGACAAAAUGGUCGCCUGCUUGAAAUCCGUUAGCGCCAAGAAGUUAGUGAUGGCUGCUCCCCUUUUCGUAUCAGGCUCCCCAGAUAAGCCGGCGCUGAAUGCCAUGGUCCUGUCUCCGGUGGUGGACGGAGACUUCCUCCCGGAGGACCCGGUCCGUUUGUUCCACAACGCGGCUGACAUCGACUACCUGGCCGGGGUGAACAGCAUGGACGGACACCUCUUCACCUCCCAGGACAUCCCCGCCAUCGCCGAUAAGGGAAACAUCACUGUGGACGAUGUUACUGCGCUCCUGCGGUUCUACACCCAGGACAAAGGUCAGGCGGGUCUGGAGGCUGCCUUGGCUGAGUACACCGCCCAUUGGGGCCCCAGCCCCAGCCAGGACCAGGUGAAGAUCACUGCUGUCGAAGUUGGCACAGACCACUACUUCCUGGCGCCCGUACAGACGGCCAUCUACCUUCAUGCAGCAGCAGCCAAGUCCGGACACACCUACUCCUACCUGCUGUCAGAGCCCAGCUUGCUGAUUGGUCCAGGUAGACCCUACCACACCUGGGUGGGGGCGGACCACGCUGACGACCUGCAGUACGUGUUCGGGAAGCCCUUCACCACCCCCAAAGCGUACGGGGACGCCCAGAGAGACCUCUCAGGCUACUUCAUCUCCUUCUGGACCAACUUUGCCUGGACCGGUGAUCCCAACGUGGGAAAGAGCAAGGUGCCCCUGACCUGGCCGAAGUUCACCUGUUCAGAACAGAAAUACCUGGAGAUCAACUCCAAGAUGGACCGAACCUCUGUUGGCCAGAAGAUGAGGAGUCGCUUUGUACACUUCUGGACCAACACGCUUCCAAACCUCCCAUCUGUUAAAUACUGAUAUUUUGUGACUGUGAGAUCAGAUAUAAACUGCGGUAUAGUUGGAAUACUGCUGCGUAAUAAACUUGACUUAUUUACACUGAGUUGCAACCAGAGGUCGCUGUUCUCACACAUAUAUCUCAAGUGGAAUUGUUACAUUAUAUUAUUUUAGGGUUCACGUAAUACGGACUAAAAAGGUUUAUAAUUAAAUGCUACUGGUCGUCCCCUCAUGUAAUACAUUGGA